AUUAAUAACGGUCCUUCAGCUUCACCCGGAAACACACUCUCAAAGGGUCAUCUAGCAUCGCGCUUCCAACAUGGCGGUGAACCUCACAGACCUCACCUUGCCUCAGUUAGAGGGACUGAAAACCCAACUAGAUCAGGAGAUUGAGUUCUUGACAUCUUCAAUAGGUCAGCUCAAAGUUGUCCAGACCAAGUAUGUUGAAGCAAAAGAUAGUUUGAAUGUUCUGAACAAAAACAAUAAAGGGAAAGAAUUGCUUGUGCCUCUCACCAGUUCUAUGUAUGUCCCUGGAACAUUAAAUGACGUGGAACAUGUUUUAGUGGAUGUGGGGACAGGAUAUUAUGUUGAAAAGAAUGUGGAAGACUCAAAGGCAUUCUUCAAGCGCAAAAUAGACUUCCUCACAAAGCAGAUAGAGAAAAUUCAGCCAGCCCUUCAGGAAAAACAUGCGAUGAAACAAGCUGUGAUUGAAGUCAUGAAUGUGAAGAUCCAGCAGCUACAACAGAGCCAACAGACUUCACAGAUGGUUGGGACCACCAAAGCUUAAUGAGAAAACACCUGCUCUUCAUGGCUGGGGGGAAUUUUUAUGUUUGUGUACAAAAAAACUCUUACAUCUGUCAUUGUAGGACAAGAAAAUGCCCUUCAUUAACCUGAAUGAAGCCACAUUACAUAGUGAAGAAUAAAAAAUAAAUGUUUUUGUUUCUAUGUGAAGUUAGUGCACAAACCUGGUCACUAGUAAAGUAUAAGUAGAUUAUUGUCAAGGCAAAGCAAUCAUGUGUACUUGGUCAAUUUUUACAUUAAUUUAAUUGGGUUUGCAUAAUUAAAAAUGCCACUGUGCAUUCAAGAACACUGGAGUUUUCUUACUCCUGUAUUUCCAUUA